AUGGAAUCGCUACCAAUGAACACUCUGCUCGAGUUCAAUAAGGAUACACUUCAAACCAUUCGCAAGGAUUACAAUUUGCUUAACCCAGGAAGUAUGGAUCAAGCUAUCAACGUUUUACAAGAGUGGGUGGAUAAACAAAAUCAUUUUGAGAAAAAAUAUUAUCCCAGAGAAUAUUUAGAGAGAAGAAUAAUUUUCAGCAAGGGUUCAGUGGAGCGUGCAAAGUCAAAAUUAGACAGAUAUUGCACUCUUAGGACGUUGAUGCCGCAGUUCUAUAAAUGUAUAGAUUUUAAGGCUGAAUACAAGUAUUCAGAUAUUAUAUGGGAUGGUUUAUCACCUAAAAUGACUGAUGACUAUUACAGAAUUUACAUGGUAAAGUGUGUCGGAAAACGUUUUGAUUACGAAAUAAUGAGUUACUUGCGAUGGACAAUUGCAAUGGCGGAAUACAUGAUUUCGUAUGAUUAUAGCAGAGGUGUAAUAGUUAUUCUAGACUUUAUAGAGACCAAUCUGGUAAAACUAUUAAAGAUGAUACACUUCGCUGAAUUGCGCCAAGUUUUUACAUUAUUAAUUGAUGGCUACGGAAUCAUAGUAAAAGCUAUACAUAUAAUUACUCCCUCAAAAACCGUGGAAACCUUAGUUGCAAUUUUCAAACAAAUUCUCAGUGCAAAAUUAGGUCAACGCAUUCAAAUACACAAGGAUUUGGAAUCACUGCACAAGUUUGUGCAGCGAGAUGUGUUACCAGAAGAGCUAGGUGGAAAUGACAGAUCUAUUUUAAAUUUACACAAAGAAUAUGUUGAUGUGUUUGCUUCAAGAGAGUUUCAAGAAUAUUUAAUCAAAAUGAAAGCUGCUACCACAAAUGAAAAGUACAGACAGACUAAUAAAUUUAAUGAAGAGUAUAUGGGAAUUGCAGGCACAUUUAAAACAUUAAAUGUAGAUUAG